UGGAUCCAGUUCAACGUGGAGGCCUUUAAGAGUACUUACAACUCAAGUUAAAGCACAGACGAGUGGGCUAGAAACCAAGAUUUUGGACUGAUCCACGAGACUUUUGAAGCUACUUCUCUGGAUUCACACUUAUAUCAAAUCUGUCUACCCUGUCUGGAAAAGUAAUGAAGAACAGGUGCAUUUAAAAGAGAGCUCCUGCAUACAUAGCUGAUACGCCACCUACUGCAAAACCGAGCUGACAGAGCGAGCGACGCUGCCAGCACUUCCAUUCCAUCACCAGGCUGCAGCUGAAUAAAGGCGUGUUUGUGAGGCAGUUUUUGUAAAAAUUUCAAAUCCAAGAAGAACAAGCUGAAAUAGCAUUUUCCAAAAUGGAGUGUAAAGUAAACAGAAGAGAUAAAGAUAAGGAAUAUGAAGGGAAACACAACAGCCUGGAAGAUGCUGACCAAGGAAAGAACUGCAAAUCUUCACUGAUGACCCUCAACGUUGGUGGAUAUUUAUACAUUACUCAAAAGCAAACACUGACCAAGUACCCCGACACUUUCCUUGAAGGUAUAGUAAAUGGAAAAAUCCUCUGCCCGUUUGAUGCUGAUGGCCAUUAUUUCAUAGACAGGGAUGGGCUCCUCUUCAGGCACGUCCUAAACUUCCUACGAAAUGGAGAACUUCUACUGCCUGAAGGGUUUCGAGAAAAUCAACUUCUCGCACAAGAAGCAGAAUUCUUUCAGCUCAAGGGACUGGCAGAGGAAGUGAAAUCCAGGUGGGAGAAAGAACAGCUAACAUCCAGAGAGACUACUUUCUUGGAAAUAACAGAUAACCACGAUCGCUCACAAGGACUCAGAAUCUUCUGUAAUGCUCCUGAUUUCAUAUCAAAAAUCAAAUCUCGCAUUGUUCUGGUGUCCAAAAGCAGGCUGGAUGGUUUUCCAGAGGAGUUUUCAAUAUCGUCAAAUAUCAUUCAAUUUAAAUACUUCAUAAAGUCUGAAAAUGGCACUCGACUUGUACUAAAGGAAGACAACACCUUUGUCUGUACCUUGGAAACUCUUAAGUUUGAGGCUAUAAUGAUGGCUUUAAAGUGUGGUUUCAGACUGCUGACCAGCCUGGACUGUUCCAAAGGGUCAAUUGUUCACAGCGAUGCACUUCAUUUUAUCAAGUAAUUACCUGUGUCAUGAACAAAGGCAACAAGCAUGCAGCCAGCAAGCUUCGGAAAACCACAGCAUCAAAGGCAUCCCAAAUAAUGUGCCCAGCUAGCUCUGUACUGAGAGCCCUGCUGCUAAUCAAAUACUGUGCGCUAACGGUAUGUAAAUUCUAUUGCUAAAAAUGUCCUUCUCUAGGGUUUCCUGCUGAUCAGACUCUUACACUUAAAAUGAAAACAGUGAUCUCCUAUAUAUUGUAAAUAAAGACUGAAUGCCUGUAUUUGUUUAUUUUUCCUUAAGCUGUCUUUUAAUCAAAAUGUCUUGGGUGCUUCUACAAUAAACAAGCAUGUACAUCAUCAUUCAUUUAAGUAAAUGGUAAUAAAAUAUUUGAAGGGGCUACAAGAUUUAAAAUCCUUUUUACUUAUGGCAAAAAUCUACAAAGAAACGGAACUGGUAAAAUUAACCAUUGCAAGAAAAACAGAUAUGCAGAUUUACUAAAACAGAGCAUAGUGAAACCAAAAAGAGUGUAAGAAGGCAUUAAUUUUGAUUUAAUUUCUAUUGGUAGGCGCCAAAAGCUUAUUUAUAGUUUCUGUAUUAAAUACUUGAA